CAUCACUACCCAAUCCUCACUCCCCAACACAUAAUAAUGCAGAAAUCCUCACCAAUGGCCUCAUCACUCCUCUUCCUCCUCCUCCUCCUAUCCGCCGCCGCCGGCAGCCCCAUAAAAACAGUGGUGGUGCUGGUGAUGGAGAACCGGUCGUUCGACCACAUGCUGGGGUGGAUGAAGAAGCUCAACCCGGAUAUAAACGGAGUUGAUGGAUCCGAAUCCAACCCUAUCAACACAACCGACCCGAAUUCCAAGCGCCUCUCAUUCGGCCACGACUCCCACUUCGUCGACCCGGACCCGGGCCACUCCUUUCAGGCCAUCCGGGAACAGAUAUUCGGAUCCAACGACACCUCCGCCGCAACGCCGCCCAUGAAUGGCUUUGCUCAGCAGGCCUCCUCCAUGGCCGACCCUCACAUGCCCCAGAGCGUCAUGAACGGUUUUCAACCCGACAAGGUUGCGGUGUACAAGGCGCUAGUGUCCGAAUUCGCGGUGUUCGACCGGUGGUUCGCGUCGGUGCCGGCGUCGACGCAGCCGAACCGGCUGUACGUCCACUCGGGGACCUCCCACGGCGCCACCUCCAACGACGCGACGAAGCUGGCCUUGGGCUACCCCCAGCGCACCAUCUUCGAGGACGUGGAGGCGGCCGGCCUCUCCUUCGGCAUCUACUUCCAGAACAUCCCCGCCACCCUCUUCUACCGGAAUCUCCGGAAGCUCAAGUACAUCUCCAGGUUCCACUCCUACGCCCCCGACUUCAAGCGCGACGCGGCGGCGGGGAAGCUCCCGGCCUACGCCGUGGUGGAGCAGCGGUACACGGACUCGAAGGCGGCGCCGGCCAACGACGACCACCCGUCGCACGAUGUGCAUGAGGGGCAGAUGCUGGUGAAGGAGGUGUACGAGACGCUGAGGAGCAGCCCGCACUGGAACCAAACCCUCUUUCUCAUCACCUACGACGAGCAUGGCGGAUUCUACGAUCACGUGCCCACGCCCAAUAAGGGGGUCCCCACCCCCGAUGGGAUUGUGGGGCCCGACCCCUUUAAGUUCAACUUUGACAGGUUGGGAGUUAGGGUUCCCACCAUUGCUGUCUCUCCGUGGAUUAAGAAGGCCACUGUUGUUCAUGGACCUAACGGGUCCCCUACUCCGACGUCGGAAUACGAGCAUUCAUCGAUUCCGGCGACGGUGAGGAAGAUAUUCAAGCUGCCAUCGCCUCCUCUCACCAAGAGAGAGCAAUGGGCAGGCACUUUUGAAGGCCUUUUCCAAGUGCUCACUCAUCCCAGAACCGACUGCCCUGAGAAACUCCCAGAUCCAGUCAAAAUCAGAGAGGGAGACGCGAACGAGGAUGCCCCCUUGAGCGAAUUCCAGCAAGAGCUUGUACAGCUCGCUGCAGUUCUCAAAGGAGAAAACAUCCUCACAAGGUUCCCAGGAAACAUUGCCACCAAUAUGACCGUCCGGCAAGGGACACACUACAUGGACGAGGCGGUCAAAAGCUUCUUCGAAGCAGGUUUUGCUGCGAAGAAGAUGGGGGUCGACUCCGAGCAAAUUGUCAAGAUGAGACCCUCUCUAUCCACAAGAACAUAGAAUAUAGAAUCAAUCAAUCAAGACUAUGUAUACUAUACUUACUAGCAACAAAUCAGUGAAUCUGCUAUGAAAUUGCAUUACUUUCAAGCACAAA